AUGAGUUAUUUCGACGUUCGUGUUCGGGAGUCGCUCUUCCAAAGGAUCGACGGCGGCAAGCUCAAGAAAACGCCCACCACACCUAAGGAAGCACGACAAGUAGCCAAGAUCGCGGAAGAUUGGGUUCCGCCCGGUGUGUUUCCAUUCUUCCGCCUUCCACGAGAACUCCGCGAUACGAUAUACAAGUACGCCCUAGGAACGGAGGCCAGAGUAUUCCGCGCCGACAAUCUCCUGUUGCUAGCCACUUGCCAAACGUCUCCCAAGUACGGUCUCCGGGUUGUGAAUGAACAGAAGGAAAUCGAUGCGGUGAACGGUGAGGGAUCUGAGGAGAAAGAGGAUAAAGAAGACACAGAAGAGAAGGAUGGAGAAAACGCAGACGAGAAGGAUCAAGAAUGGGGAUGGUAUGAGGGUGGCUACGGAGGUGAUAUUUGGAAAGAAUAUGAAUGGUAUGAGGGUCGCUAUGAUAUGUGGUACAUGGGUCUUAACUCAGCCGUACCGGAAGGUCUUCCCAACUGGCUUCGCAGCAACAAGCAACUCUGCUCAGAAGCACUCCUGUGCUUUGGCGCUACCCGAACGUUCGUCAUAAUCGACUACUACGAUUACACCGAUUACACAAAAGCCCAUAGCAACCCUCCCGACAUGGCUGGCUUGACCAACUCGCUGGUCAUGAAUAGGAACGUCAUUCGCCACGUCGCAAUCAGGAGAGAGGUCGACCAGCUUAUGGACGACGACCCGAAAUUCCUGGUUCUUCUUCAAGGCCUGCAAGUUGAAAACUUGACGAUGGAUUUGGAAUGGAGUCAUCGUCUCGACUAUGAAUCGGAUGAUGAGGAUUCGCUAGAAGAUUGUAUUGAAGAGUGGGACACUUUGGAUCUUGGCUAUUGGGAGGGUAGGCUACAGAAGCUGAAGAUCACGAUUCCUACAAGGCGCGAAUAUGGAGACGAGGCUUUCAAUACGAAGACCUUUGAUCUGGCUGAAAGAUUGGCCACUAGACUGUUCGGACCUGGCGCUAAGGUGGUCUGGGGCCCUUACGUAUAUGACAAGAGGCAGGGCAGUAUCGGCCUGUACAAGAGGUAUCUGACUGUAGAGAAAGCGGCCUAG